AUGCACCACGCUUUAUUCCUCCCUGAAAUUACAUGCAAUAUUUUUGAGUUGCUAAACCCUUUUCUUUCAGGACCCGAAGGCUCUCAUGAGCCCAAUCCACUUCGUCUGCGGGAUCUCGCGGCGGUUGCGACAACGUGCCAUGCGUUGGGUGACCCGGCGCUCGACGUGCUAUGGGAUACUCAAGUGUGCUUCGGACCAUUGUUGAUGUGUUUGCCGCCAUCGGUCAUCGAAGUUCGGGAUAGUGAUUAUGAACCAGAUGAGGAUCGGAGUAUUAUAUCUUAUGAUGAGCCAUUCCUGCGUCGGAGCAUUCACCUGGUUCAAGACCCUUUGCCCUCGGAUUUAUUACGAAUGCUUCCUUAUGCUCGACGGAUCAAGAGGAUAUGUUCGCCCGGAGCUGAUUGUCGAUGGCCUCUUCCCGAACUUUUCUCAAUUCCCUCUCAUACUAUCGAUUGGCUUCUUUCGGCCCACCCUAUGGAGAACUUUCUACCACGUCUCACUCACAUGUCGUGUCCCGAUUUCGUGUUCCUAAUGGGCAUGGGGAACAUUAGGGACGUCUCGUUCACGCCAUUAUCUCGUAGUAACCUCACGAGUCUCGAAGUUAAUCCCGAAUUCGACAACGAAGUGGAAGGCUGGCCAUUACUCUCGAUUAUGGCUAAUGAUCUUCCUCAGCUGAGGACGAUAAAAUUGGGAGUCAGCGGCUGGCAUUGCAGCAUGCGCAUGCUCUACUCCGAAGCAAUUGCUCCUCUGUGCUUGUUCUACAACUUAGAACACCUGGAUCUUCACAUCUACGGGAAGGUUCCCGAGGGUCCUGGCCUUGCUGGCCUUCAGAUGUUCCCUCGUUUACAGAAACUGAAAUUAUCAAGCGAUACCAAAUUUGCUGUUAGUUUCUUGACAGCAUUACAGUCAACGCUGCUCCACACCCUUGACUUGACCAUGGAGAGCCCAACAGGUGGGGACCAGCCUGUGCACUUAGAUCGACUCUUUUCGUCCUUGCGGUGUUUAACGAUCUCAAGUGAUUUCUGUUUCAUGAUGUCACUCAUAGAAGCUGUUCACUCGAGUGCGCUGGAUAGUAUUUCCUUGAAUACCCCCAUCACGUUCGACGAACAGAUUGUGCGCGCGCUUACUGCCUUGAUCUCGUCAAAGAGAGGAUGGGGAUCAUCCCUGAGGACCAUCACCAUCGACCGACCAGGAUUCAUACUACCGGUUGAUGAUGUGUUCUGCGGUCCCGAUCACCCAUACUUCUUUUCCAUAGAAGAUUUGCUCGUCUUCUCCCACUUGCAGCACGUUACACUGGACAACCUCGUGAUAUCAUUGGACGCUUCGGUGUGCAAGAAGCUUGCUACCGGGUGGCCAGACCUGGUCGAAUUCAACUUCAAUCCUUUCUCCAUAGAGGAACUUGCGACAACUACUAUAGAUCCCGGCACUCUGGUCACAUUCGCAAGGCAUUGUCCAAACUUAUUGCGUCUUGAGCUUGGUAUUCCAUGGGAUACGACAGAGUUGCCAGUGCUCGAUGACGAAACGCUUACCAUUUUGUCCUCGCGCCCCACGCGUUCCGCCUGCAUGCGGAUAGUAGUGGAUGCGGAUUCAUCCUUGGCCAAUCCAAAAGCAGUGGCAAAAUUUCUCGCCACGGUGUUUCCUGGCAGAGAAAUCAAGAUCGUACUUGCUGCAUCCUUUUGCCGGAAGUCCUUACACCUACUUCCCCCAAAUGAGUGGUGCAACGUUGUAGAAUGGUUGAGGAAGUCACAGCUGAGUAGCCUUGAAUUCGGCCCUUGCUAUCGUACACAACUUUGUGCUGUGUGUCGCUUUGGUUUGCAGAUUUAA